GCAUAGAUGAAUAGAUAUGAAGAAGCAUUGAAAAAUUAUGAUUCUGCAAUUUAGAAAAAUCCAGAAAAUUCUGACUUUUAUUAUGGAAAAGGUUAUAAUUUACUAGCAAUUAUAUUAAGUAAAAUGAAUAGAUUUGAAGAAGCUUUGAAAAAUUAUGAUUCGGCAAUUUAUAAAAAUCCAGAAAAUUCUGACUUUUAUUAUGGAAAAGCUAUUACGUUAGAUUAAAUGAAUAGAUUUGAAGAAGCAUUGGAAAAUUAUGAUUCGGCAAUUUAGAAAAAUCCAGAAAAAUCUGACUUUUAUUAUGGAAAAGCAAUUACAUUAAGUAAAAUGAAUAGAUUUGAAGAAGCUUUGGAAAAUUAUGAUUCGGCAAUUUAGAAAAAUCUAGAAAAAUAUGACUUUUAUUAUGGAAAAGCUAUUACGUUAGAUGAAAUGAAUAGAUUUGAAGAAGCUUUGGAAAAUUAUGAUUCAGCAAUUUAGUUAAAUCCAGAAAAUUCUGACAUAUACAAAUGCAAAGCCAUUACAUUAAGUAAAAUGAAUAGAUUUGAAGAAGCAUUGGAAAACUAUGAUUCGGCAAUUUAGAAAAAUCCAGAAAAUUCUGACUAUUAUUAUGGAAAAGCAAUUACAUUAAGUAAAAUGAAUAGAUUUGAAGAAGCUUUGAAAAAUUAUGAUUCGGCAAUUUAGAAAAAUCUAGAAAACUCUGACUUUUAUUAUGGAAAAGCAAUUACAUUAAGUAAAAUGAAUAGAUUUGAAGAAGCAUUGGAAAAUUAUGAUUCAGCAAUUUAGAAAAAUCCAGAAAAAUCUGACUUUUAUUAUGGAAAAGCAAUUACGUUAAGUAAAAUGAAUAGAUUUGAAGAAGCAUUGGAAUAUUAUGAUUCAGCAAUUUAGAAAAAUCCAGAAAAUUCUGAAUUUUAUUAUGGAAAAGCUAUUACGUUAGAUGAAAUGAAUAGAUUUGAAGAAGCUUUGGAAAAUUAUGAUUCAGCAAUUUAGAACAAUCCAGAUAAUUCUGACUUUUAUUAUGGAAAAGCCAUUACAUUAAGUAAAAUGAAUAGAUUUGAAGAAGCAUUGGAAAAUUAUGAUUCAGCAAUUUAGAAAAAUCCAGAAAAUUCUGACUAUUAUUAUGGAAAAGCUAUUACGUUAGAUGAAAUGAAUAGAUUUGAAGAAGCUUUGGAAAAUUAUGAUUCAGCAAUUUAGAAAAAUCCAGAAAAUUCUGACUUUUAUUAUGGAAAAGCAAUUACGUUAAGUAAAAUGAAUAGAUUUGAAGAAGCAUUGGAAAAUUAUGAUUCAGCAAUUUAGAAAAAUCCAGAAAAUUCUGACUUUUAUUAUGGAAAAGCUAUUACGUUAGAUGAAAUGAAUAGAUUUGAAGAAGCAUUGGAAAAUUAUGAUUUUGCAAUUUAUAAAAAUCUAGAAAAUUCUGACUUUUAUUAUGGAAAAGCAAUUACGUUAAGUAAAAUGAAUAGAUUUGAAGAAGCAUUGGAAUAUUAUGAUUAGGCAAUUUCAAAAAAUCCAGAAAAAUCUGACAUAUAUAAAUGCAAAGCUACUACAUUAAGUAAAAUGAAUAGAUUUGAAGAAGCAUUGAAAAAUUAUGAUUAGGCAAUUUCGAAAAAUCCAGAAAAAUCUGACUUAUAUAAAUGCAAAGAUUUCCGAGCUAAUACAUUAAGUAAAAUGAAUAAAUUUGAAGAAGCAUUGGAAUAUUAUGAUUCAGCAAUUUAGAAAAAUCCAGAAAAUUCUGACAUUUAUUAUGGAAAAGCUAUUACGUUAGAUGAAAUGAAUAGAUUUGAAGAAGCUUUGGAAAAUUAUGAUUCGGCAAUUUAGAAAAAUCCAGAAAAUUAAUACUUUUAUUAUGGAAAAGCUACUACAUUAAGUAAAAUGAAUAGAUUUGAAGAAGCAUUGGAAAAUUAUGAUUCAGCAAUUUAGAAAAAUCCAGAAAAAUAUGACUUUUAUUAUGGAAAAGCUAUUACGUUAGAUGAAAUGAAUAGAUUUGAAGAAGCUUUGCAAAAUUAUGAUUAAGCUAUUUAGAAAAAUCCAGAAGACUCAAGAUAUUAGUUUAACAAAGGUAUCAUUCAAAAUGAAUAAUUUUAAGCCAUUGCACUAACUUAAAUCAACAGAUUUGAAGAAGCUUUAGAAAAUUAUGAUUUAGCUAUUUAGAAAAAUCCUGAAAUUUCUGAGUAUUUUAAUGGCAAAGGUAAAAUUCAAAUUAGAUGUUUCUAAGCAAUUACCCUAAAUAUAAUGGACAGAUUAGAAGAAGCUUUAGAAAAUUAUGAUUCAGCUAUCUAGAGAAAUUCAGAUGAUUCAAGGUAUUAUUUUAAUAAGGCUAAUACACUAAAUAAAAUGAACAGGUUAGAAGAAGCCUUAGAAAACUAUGAUUCAGCUAUAAAGAAAAAUCCAGAAAAUUCAGACUAUUAUAAUGGCAAAGCUUAUACUUUAUAAAAAUUGAACAGGUUAGAAACAGCUUUGGAAAAUUAUGAUUCAGCUAUUUAAAAAAAUCCAGAAAAUUCGGACUAUUAUAACCGCAAAGCUUAUACGCUAUAUGCACUAAAUAGAUUAGAUGAAGCUUUAGAAAAUUAUAAUUCUUCUAUUUAGUAAAAUCCAGAAGAAUCGAGUUAUUAUUUUAACAAAGCUAUUACACUACAUAAAAUGAACAGAUUAGUAGAAUCACUAGAAUACUUUGAUGAAGCAAUUAAGAAAAAUCCUGAGGAUUCUGAAUAUUAUAAUGGCAAAGCUUUUACUCUAAGAAAAAUGAACAGAGUAAGAGAAGCUUUGUAGAAUUUUGAUUCAGCAAUUCAAAAAUUUCCGGAAGAUUCAAGGUAUUAUUUCAACAAAGCAAUUACACUAAAUACAAUGAACAGAUUUGAAGAAGCCUUGGAAAAUUAUGAUUCAGCUAUUUAAAAAAAUCCAGCAGAUUCAAGGUAUUAUUUAAACAAAGCAUCUACUCUAGUUAAAAUGAAUAGAUUCGAAGAAGCUUUGACAAAUCUCGUAUCAGUUAUUUUGAAAAAUUCAGAAGGUAUUAUUUUAUCUGGAUAAUUUCUAGGAUAUACUCUAGAAAAACUUACCAGAUUUGAAGAAACAUUGGAUAAUUAGGAUUCAGUUAUUUUGAACAAUUUAUAAGAUUCAAGGUAUUGUUUUUACAAAGGUAUGGUUAGAAUGAACAAUUUCAUAGCUAUUACACUAGAUAAAGCAAACAAAUUCGAAGAAGAUUUGGAAAAUUAUGAAUCAGCUAUCUAGAGAAACCCUAAGUUUACUGACUAUUACUUUAAAAAAGGUAUAAUUAACUCAUUGGAUGAUUUCUUAGCUGAUACUUUAAAAAAAAUGAAUAGAUUUGAGGAAGCAUUAGAAAAUUAUGAUUUAGUUAUAUAGAAAAAUUCUUAGAAUUCUAUGUAUUAUUUCAACAAAGCUAUUACACUACAGAAAAUGAGCAGGUUAGAAGAAGCUUUGGAAAAUUAUGAUAAGGCUAUUUAGUAAAAUCCAGAAGAUUCAAGAUAUUAUUAUAACAAAGCUACGACACUAAAUAAUAUGAACAGAUUUGAAGAAGCUUUGGAAAAUUAUGAUUCAGCUAUUUAGAAAAACCCAGAAGAUUCAAGGUAUUAUUUUAACAAAGCUAUUACGCUAAAUACAAUGAAUAGAUUAGAAAAAGCUUUAGAAAAUUAUGAUUCAGCUAUUUAGAAAAACCCAGAAGAUUCAAGGUAUUAUUUUAACAAAGCUAUUACGCUAAAUAAAAUGAACAGAUAUGAAGAAGCUUUAAAAAAUUAUGAUUAAGCGAUUUAGAAAGAUCCAGAAAAUUCAUACUAUUAUAAUGGCAAAGCUGAUACUCUAUAAAAAAUGAAUAGUUUAGAUGAGGCUUUAGAAAACUAUGAUUUAGCUAUAUAGAAAAAUCCAGAAAAUUCAUACUAUUAUAAUGGCAAAGCUGAUACUCUACAAAAAAUGAACAGAUUUGAAGAGGCUUUGGAAAAUUAUGAUUCAGCUAUUUAGAAAAAUCCAGAAAAUUCAGACUAUUAUAAUGGCAAAGCUGAUACUCUACAAAAAAUGAACAGAUUUGAAGAGGCUUUGGAAAAUUAUGAUUCAGCUAUUUAGAAAAAUCCAGAAGAGGUAUGA